GCCACCUCUUCCUCUGUUCUCGCCUCUUCGCCAUUUCCCUUCCUUCAGCCCGACUCAUCAUCCAAAUCCCACCUUCUACGUCUUCCUCUCCUUCCCUUCUGCUACCUGUGAUUCUCCUUCACAUGUUUUUGGUUUUCCUUGGCCUGUGUUGUCCCCGGAGGAAGGAGAAGGAAAGAGAGAAAGCCAUCGAGACGCGUACGAAAGCUGCCAUUCCGUCUAACUCCUUUUUACCCGGAGUUCGUGGGUUCUUCUCCUUCCAGGUGUUCUUCCUCCUGUGCGGAUUCUGCCGAACUUAAGUCUGUUCCCUUCCCACUCUUCUCUCAUUAAAUUGUGGGUUCUUGCUUUCUCGUUAUCGUACUCCUUGCUCUGUCUUCCUUUCGGAUUCCAAAACAAUGGGAGACCAUCUCGCUCUGGUUGUGGAUGAUUUGCUGGCGAAGCCGACCCUUGAAGCUGCAGCUGGAAACAGGAAACAUGCGUUCGUAGAUACCAAUACAACAUCAUCAUCGGCUGACCCUGCUGCAUCAGCAAAGUUGAAGGAGUGCAGAAUCUGCCAUGAAGAAGACCACGAUUCCAACAUGGAGAUCCCCUGCUCAUGCAGGGGCAGCUUGAAGUAUGCUCAUCGGGUAUGCGUUCAGCGUUGGUGCAACCAGAAAGGCGAUACGAUGUGCGAGAUAUGCCUCCAGCAAUUCAAUCCAGGUUAUACCACUCUGCCGAAGUUGUACGAUUACGGGAGUACUCCGAUGAACUUUAGCUGGGAGAUCUCUGCACAGGACUUUCGCGAUACACAGUUCAUCACAAUGUUUCCGUCAGAUCAUGGUGCCAUUGACUCAGCUGUGGAUUAUCGUGACCAUUCGAGGACAAGCAACACUUUUUGCUGUCGAUCAAUCACUGUAAUCUUCAUGGUUCUUCUGGUUCUUCGGCAUGCCCUUCCUCUCUUGAUCAGCGAUGACGACGAGUAUUCAUUUACCCUGUUCUCGAUGCUGGUGUUGAAGACUGCCGGAGUAAUCUUACCGAUAUUUUUGGUUCUUGGAAUCAUAAACAAAAUUCAACGGCGGCGCCGGCGUCGGGUACAACAUCGAACUGUUCUUUUACUUGAGAAAAUAGUUGUAAAGAUUGCAAAUAUAAUGCAUGCUACAGGAAAACUGGAUAGCAUUAGUCACAUCUGAAGGAGAAAGAAGUCCAGAAUGAAUUCAUCGUCCCAAAUUGAAGGUUGCUGAUUGAAGCAACAAAGUGAUGGUAGCAGAAGCAGUGUGAAAAACACAUAUAUAAAUUUUAGAACGCUGUAAAUGAACCAAAAAGAAGUGUGA